AUGGGGAGGACGCUGCCCUGGGAACAUGCCAUGUGUGGAGGGGACAUUGCCAGCCCGGCUGAGCCCUGUCCCCUCCUGUCACCGCACAGGGUGCCAGCUCUCCCGGUCAAGAACCUGAAUGGCACCGGCCCCGUCCAUCCCGCCCUCGCAGGGAUGACGGGCAUCCUCAUGUGCGCCGCGGGGCUCCCUGUCUGCCUGACCCGCGCCCCCAAACCCAUCCUGCACCCGCCGCCCGUCAGCAAGAGUGACAUCAAACCCGUGCCUGGGGUCAGCGGCAUCUGCAGGAAAACCAAAAAGAAGCAUCUCAACACAGGCAAGACCCCCGAGGACGUGGUGCGCCGCUACGUCCAGAAGGUGAAGAACCCCCCGGACGAGCCGUGCUUUUUUUCCAUCUGCAUGGAGCGGCGGGUUACCUCCUCGGGGUACGAGGGGGUGCUGACCCCCCGCGGCAUCAAGCCGGAGCUGGUGGGCAAACUGGGCAAGUGUGGGCACAUGUACCACCUGCUCUGCCUGCUCGCCAUGUACAACAACGGCAACAAGGAUGGCAGCCUGCAGUGCCCCACGUGUAAGGCCAUCUAUGGGGAGAAGACGGGGACGCAGCCCCCUGGGAAGAUGGAGUUCCAUCUCAUCCCCCACUCGCUCCCCGGUUACACUGACUCCAAAACCAUCCGGAUUGUCUACGACAUCCCCACCGGCAUCCAGGGCCCCGAGCACCCCAAUCCUGGGAAGAGGUUCACGGCGCGUGGGUUCCCGCGGCACUGCUACCUGCCCGACAAUGAGAAGGGA